AUGGCCACAGACGUCGUCCUCGAGACGACCAUGGGCGCUAUCACAGUCGAGCUCUACAAGGACCACGCCCCGAAAACCUGCAAAAACUUCUCGACCCUGGCGCAGCGAGGGUAUUAUGACAAUGUGAUUUUCCACCGCAUCAUCCCGAAUUUCAUGGUCCAAACCGGUGAUCCCACUGGGACAGGGCGCGGCGGUUCCAGCAUCUACGGAGAGAAAUUCGCCGACGAGAUCCAUCCCGCGCUGAAGCACACCGGUGCUGGGGUGCUGAGCAUGGCCAAUAGCGGGAAAGACACCAACGGCAGUCAAUUCUUCAUUACUUUGGCCCCUACCCCGUGGUUGGAUGGAAAACAUACAAUAUUCGGGCGCGUCAAGAGUGGGAUGAAGGUCGUGCAGAGGAUGGGUCUGGUCAAGACCAACAGUGAGGAUCGACCUUUGGAAGAAGUCAAGAUAAUCCGUGCGAGAGUGGUUGAAGGUACGGAGUAA